CCCUGCUGCAGCCAUUUUAUUUCUCUGUAUCGUUUGAGACGGUCGUCGUGCUCCUGACGAAAUAAACAAGACUUACACACACAUUUUAUAACUUACACAUUUCUUCAUUUAAAUUAAAUUAAAACACAACCAUGAGGGAAAUUGUUCACAUUCAAGCCGGACAGUGUGGAAACCAGAUUGGAGCCAAGUUCUGGGAAAUCAUCUCUGACGAACAUGGAAUUGACCCAACUGGAGCAUACCACGGAGAUUCCGAUCUCCAGCUUGAACGUAUCAAUGUGUACUACAAUGAAGCGUCAGGUGGUAAAUACGUACCUCGUGCUAUUUUGGUUGAUUUGGAACCUGGUACCAUGGAUUCCGUACGAUCUGGACCUUUUGGACAGAUUUUCAGACCAGACAACUUUGUGUUUGGACAGUCUGGGGCUGGUAACAACUGGGCCAAAGGACAUUACACUGAAGGUGCUGAACUUGUAGACUCAGUGUUAGAUGUAGUCAGGAAAGAAGCCGAAAGUUGCGAUUGCCUCCAAGGUUUCCAACUGACUCACUCGUUGGGUGGUGGUACCGGUUCUGGUAUGGGAACAUUGUUGAUCUCUAAAAUUCGUGAAGAAUACCCAGACAGAAUUAUGAACACAUACUCUGUUGUUCCAUCUCCAAAAGUGUCUGACACUGUUGUAGAACCUUACAACGCUACCCUUUCGGUUCACCAAUUGGUCGAGAACACAGACGAAACCUACUGUAUUGACAAUGAAGCUUUGUAUGACAUCUGUUUCCGUACAUUAAAACUAACCACACCAACAUACGGAGACUUAAACCAUUUAGUCUCCUUGACCAUGUCCGGAGUGACAACUUGUCUCAGGUUCCCCGGUCAGCUAAAUGCUGAUCUCCGUAAACUCGCCGUCAACAUGGUUCCUUUCCCCAGGUUACAUUUCUUCAUGCCUGGUUUUGCUCCUCUUACCUCUCGCGGCAGCCAACAAUAUAGGGCGUUGACUGUACCUGAACUCACCCAACAAAUGUUCGAUGCUAAGAACAUGAUGGCGGCUUGUGAUCCACGACACGGGCGCUACCUCACUGUAGCAGCUGUAUUCAGAGGACGCAUGUCCAUGAAGGAAGUCGAUGAACAAAUGUUGAACAUCCAAAAUAAAAAUUCUAGCUACUUCGUUGAAUGGAUUCCCAACAACGUUAAAACAGCUGUUUGUGACAUUCCUCCGAGAGGAUUGAAAAUGUCUGCCACCUUCAUUGGUAACUCGACCGCCAUCCAAGAAUUGUUCAAGAGGAUAAGCGAACAGUUCACGGCUAUGUUCAGACGUAAGGCUUUCUUACAUUGGUACACUGGUGAAGGUAUGGAUGAAAUGGAAUUCACUGAGGCUGAAUCUAACAUGAACGAUCUUGUCUCUGAAUACCAACAAUACCAAGAAGCCACCGCUGACGAAGAAGCUGAAUUUGACGAGGAACAGGAACAAGAAGUUGAUGAAAACUAGACAUGUAUUAAUUAGCUUUAAAAUGCAAUUUUUGUUACUAUUAUUUUUAAUGGAAAUCCUGUAAAUUAACUUUUUUUAUACUUAUGCUUUAUUCAUUCCAUCUAAAAUUCCUCUCGUACUAAAAUUACACUGCUUUUUUUAUUUGAAUUAUAAUAAUUGAACAAUAUAGCUUUACAACAUUAAAUUUUGAAAUUAUUUUCAAGUACAACUAUA